AUGAAGCUUCAUUUCAUAUUUUCUGCUUUUCAUCUAUUUUUAACUGCUCAAACUUAUAAAAUAGGUGCAAUAUUGAGGGAAGUCGAAGAUGCUCACAUAGCUGCCGCUAUUCAAUACACAUGUGAAUGGUUAAAUCAAAGAGGAAUUUAUGGAAAUAUUGAAUAUUUAAUUGAAUAUAUUCCUCUCUUAGAUCAUUAUGAAGCCAUCAAGAAAACUUGUUCUAUGGUUGAGAAAGAUAAAGUCAUUGCCAUAGUUAGCAGUUCACACGCUGUUCUCAAUACUCAAAUUGAACGUUUAACUGAUCAAAUUAAUAUUCCAUUGUUAUCCGUCAUCGACGAUAUGGAAACUUCUGUUGGAAAAACUAAAAUUGAUUACUUUCCUCGUUCUCAACUUUUUGAGGCAACAGUUGAUCUGUUCCGGCAUUGGAAAUGGCAUAAGAUAACAAUUGUUUAUGAAGAAGAUGCUCGUAUUAGACGGUUAGAGCCUUUACUUGAAAGUGACACAUAUUCAUCUAUUCGCUUCCGUUUGGUUAAAGUUCAGAAUAAAAACUACAUGAAAGCUGCGAAAGAGGUUAAAGACUUGGAAGAAUGCAGGUUCCAAACAAGGAAGGAUUGCAGUGAAUUCAGUCGCGUACUCCUUGAUCUCAAUCCUGAGCACACGUACAACUUCCUGUUAGCGGCUUUACAAAUGGGUUUGAUUGAUUUGAAGCAUUGGUUUCUUCUCACGAAUAUGGAGUUAUCAACCAUGGACAUGGAGCUGUUCCGCUUUAAUCAUGCUCGUUAUAUAUCUCCAUAUCCUAUUGAUGAUAACUUCAUUGUUGAAAAUCGUCAAAUAUUCAAUUUUUCACAUUUCCAAGAGCAUAUUCGGUCGAGAUGGAAUAGUAAGACGGGACAUAGUAAGAACUUGAGAAUGAUUGAGUCAAUUCUGACAUUUGAUGCCAUUUAUUCGUUUGCAAACGUAUUCACCGAAGUAUCAACACGUCAACAGAUGAAUGACUCUCCACAAACGUCGUGUAAGAAACUGAAUAGGAACGCUCGUCGAUACCAUCAUGGAAAAACUUUAAUUGAAGGACUCACUAACAAUAACCUACGCGGGGUAACUGGUGAUUUGCGACGCCUCAGUGGAGAUCCUAAGACUAGUAACUUCUCUAUGAGAAUACAUCUUCUAGGUUAUAGCGGCAGAUUAGAUGAUAUUGGCUUCUGGGAACCAGCAACAGACGUUCACGUAAACAUGUCAGGAGAUUCAAGAGCUCAAUUACAGAAGAAUGUUCAGGUUUCGGAUGAGUUGAAACCUCAUUUUCGUGUCACAACCAUACUUGAACGACCUUAUGUUAUGUUAAAGAAGAAUCAUUAUGAGCUUGAUGGAAAUGCAAAAUUUGAAGGCUUUUGCAUUGAUCUUCUAGCUGAGUUAUCAAAAGACUUGGGUUUCACAUAUACAAUUCAUGCUGUACAUGACGGCAAAUAUGGAAAUGAUGUAUAUGGCAACGGCACUUGGGAUGGUAUGAUCGGAGAAAUACUGAGAGGCGAAGCUGAGAUGGCUGUUGCUCCAUUAACAGUGAACUUUCGAAGAUCAGAAGUUGUGGAUUUCACCAAACCAUUCUUAUCGUUGGGUAUAAGCAUUUUGUACAAAGUCCCUGACGAUCAUCAACCAGAUCUUUUCUCAUUUUUGAAUCCUCUUUCGUGGCAGAUAUGGUUAGCAAUUCUAGCAGCUAUAGGUGGUGUGACGUUAACGAUGUAUACAGUAGCUCGUAUAACUCCAUAUGAAUGGAAUUUGAACUUUUCUUGCUGCACUGCUCACCAGCCCCAUCCUGCAGCAGCUCAAGGGCCUACAAAUGCUCCUAUCGAGUUGUCCAACAAUUACAGCUUUUGGAACACGUUAUGGUAUGUAACAUCCACAAUGCUGAAAGGUGGAUGUGAUUUCGGACCACGAGCAGUAUCAACCCGUUUACUAGGAGGAACUUGGUGGGUAUUCACACUCGUCAUAAUCAGUGCUUAUACGGCUAACUUGGCUGCUGUUCUCACUGUGUCGAGACCUUUCAUACCCAUCAAAAAUUUGGAUGACUUGGCUAAUCAGAGUACCAUUUCCUAUGGUACGAUAACAGGUGGAAGUACAAUGCAGUUUUUCCAAGAAUCAAAAAUAUCUGCACAUGUCAAGAUGUGGGAGUACAUGAAAGGAAAGGAUGUGUUUGUCAAGAACAACAAAGCAGGUGUUGAGCGAGUCAUGAGUUCGAACUACGCUUAUCUUAUGGAAUCCACGAGUUUGGAAUUCGAAGUUCAGCAGAACUGUAAUUUGACGCAAAUCGGCGGAGUUUUAGGCUCAAAAGGAUAUGGCAUAGCUCUGGCAAAAAAAUCGGAAUGGACUGACCGAAUUUCAAACCAAAUUCUACUUUAUGCUAAACGAGGAAUAAUUGAAAUGAAGAAAACGAAAUGGUGGAGAAGCAAAGGUGCUACCUGUUCUGGGGCUGGCUCGGCCGUGAAGCAGCAACGAUUCUCGCUCUCCAUGCACAACGUAGCAGGUUUAUUCAUAAUCCUCGCCAUGGGUUUGAUAUUCGGCUUAUUCACCGUAUGUGUUGAGCUUGUAAUUCGAAGCCGUAAAUUUGCCAAAAAAGAAAAUAAGCCCAUAAUACCGGAAUUAAUUAAUGAGCUACGUUUUGCUCUAAAUCUCAACCGAAUAGAAGAUCAUCGUUCUCGAAAGAAAAGUGAACGAGGACCUGCCAUUUACACAUCUGAAGGAGAAACGUCACAUCCUAUAUCAGCGCCAUCUCAAGCAAUACAUGAUGCAUCAUCAUAUAACAAUCGAUUACCUACAAUGACCAUAAGUCGCCAUUAA